AUGGUUGCAAGGCCUGUGGUGUCAGUUUUGAUAUCUCCUUUUUCGUUGCUAAUUUUAUCGAUUUGCUAUCUCUCCCUUUUUUUUUUCUUGAUGAGUCUGGCUAAGGGUUUAUCAAUUUUGUCUAUCUUCUCAAAGGACUCAGUUUUAGUUUUAUUGAUCUUUGCUAUUGUUUUCUUCACUUCUAUUUCAUUAAUUUCUGCUCUGAUCUAUGAUUUCUUUCCUUCUACUAACUUUGGGUUUUCUUUGUUC